AUGAAGACUCAGCUGUCGCACUACAGAAGGUCCACGCUGCUGCUGACGGCGACGGCGCGCGGCUACGAGGCCUACGACGCCUACACGACCUGCCCGCGCCAGCUGCGCGCUCCCAAGGCGUGGCCGGAGCCGCCGUGUGACUUCCGGGCACAGACCUGGUGCGUCGCGCCGGGCAGCGCCUACCCCUGGCACGCCGUGCGCCGCUUCGUGCGCGAGAACCAGGGCCUCAUGCGCCGCAUGUACGGUGACCAGAGGCACAUCUCCGUGCUGCGCGCCGAGCUGCAGGACAACGAGGUGGAGCUCCGCCACGAGGCACGCCACCGGUACGCCGGUCCCGGGGCGCCGCCCCCGUCCUUCGUGCCGCGGCCCAGCAACUGGAGCGCGACCACGCCGCCGCCGCCCCCGGAGACCACCACGCCGCCCCCGGAGACCACCACGCCGCCGCCGGAGGAGACCACCACGGAGGCAGACACCACGGAGCCGCCCACCACUGAGGCGCGCAGGCCGGGCCCCUCGCUGUUCCAGGAGCACGCCCCCACGCAGCUGUUCCAGGCGCAGGCGGAGGAGCGCGCGCCCGUCCGGGUGCCCGUGAAGCUGAAGGGCGUGAACGCGUGUCCCGUGAAGGAGGAGGUGGUGGCGCCCUUCUGGGCCAACAACACCCGCGGCGAGGUGCUGGCGCUGCUCAACCUCUACCCCUUCGAGCAGUACGUCCACUGGGAGAAGUGCACGUUCGAGCACAAGCAGAUGUACUGCCGUGAGGGCUGUCGCUGCGAACAGCAGUACCGCCUCCACCGCCUGCUAGCCUACGACCCGAAGAACGAGUGCCGCGGCAUCUUCUCCGACUGGUUCAAGUUCCCGUCCUGCUGCGUGUGCAAGUGCUACGACCUGCCCGUGGAGUUCCACAUCACCUCGCGCAGUCCGCGCGCCCGCCAGCCACACCGCUUGCUCCGCACGGCUGAGGACAGGUGAUAGCCGGCACCUGCACGGCACAUACUACACUCUUCUGCUGUGUUUCUGUUGUACUCUGCCCCAACGUCUACUUCAUGAUAGCACUUAAAUCAUCUCGACAUUUUAAAGCUCUGUAAUAAUUGUUAUUGUUACUGACAUAACAGAGCUACAACUUCAUGAACUGCAUGUAGUAUCUGCAGAAAUUUAUAUCAAUAAUAAUUUGUCUAAAUAUUUUUUCUAGUGCUGCUAUUAAUCUUGAGGCGAUGGCACUUACAAUUAUUUGUACUGCUCUAAAAAAUACAUGCUAAAAAAAACACUCUUCAUUAAAGAAUACUGUGUACAUUUAAUCAACUUGCAAUUAAGUAGAUUACAGCAAAAAAAUAAAAACAAAAAAUUUACCACACUAAAACCUAGAUUCAUUACAUUGGUAGAUUUCUGUCCUUUCCUGCCUCACUACACAAUAUUGUAAUCCAGAAUUUUAAAUGCUUCUUUACAUUUGUCUAGCGAGUGUUGUGAUUUUCUUGCCUUCAGUGAUAUGUUACAAUGCCAACAUAUUGUGUGGUAUUCACAAAGAAAUGUAACACUCAGCAAUUAAUAAUAAUUCUAGAAUAUCACUGUGGAAAAAAAAAAAAAAAACAAUUGUAGACAAUCUGACUCGCACAACAAACUGCAGAUGGUCCCUUGCACUGUCGACACUGCUGUGCGUGUCUGGAAUACUCUUGGUUUUGACUGUAUGUUUAAUGGUUUACACACUUAUGCAAGUUGGCAUGUAAAUAUUUAUAACUUAUACAGUAAAACCUCGUACAACGAACUCCUUUAUAACGAAAUCCUUAUUAUAACGAAGCAGCUGUUAGUUCCUGCUAUGUAACCUUAAGUACUUUAACUUCUAAAUAACAAAGUAUUUUUUCACAGAUACACGAAAAACACCCACUAUAGUGAAAGAAAAAUUAAAAAUCUUCAAAACUUUUUUGCUGCCAUCUUACAAUUGAUUGACCAUAGAACUAUUGACCUAAAGAAAUGCACUUUGAAGCUAGUUAAGUAGAACAUGUUGUACCAAUAUUAGUUAACAAAACAAUGCACUUUGAUUAAUUGAUGUUCUGAAUAUCACCUUGCAAUUACUCAUACAUUCCACUUACACAACUUUGUAUGUGUGUCUUGAGAAAAUGUGCAAUCGUUGUAAUGAAUGCCGAUAAAAUCUAUGGAAGUGCUACUUAACUAAAAUUUGCAGGAGAUUAAGAGUUGUUUAUAAAUUGUGGUGAAAUAAAUGUUACUUAUGUGUUUUCUUGUUGAAGGUUAGUUUUUAUGGAUUAAUUAUGUUUACUUACAAAUAAGGUAAUGCUUAGACAAAUGAUGUGCAAUAAUGGAUUAAAAAAACUUAAAACAAUUCUCUUACCAAGAAACUGAAAAUUCUAAAUGCUGUUGAUCAAGGAUAAUAAAAAGGUCGACCUAGCUAAAAGAUUUAGGCUGGCUUGAACAGUCAUGACUUGAGGCAAAGUAAUGUAUUUCUCCAUUUGAUUAAACUGCAAAGUUUUUGCCAUUAACAUCUCAAAUUCAAAUCUAUUACCUAUACAAUACAACUAUUUAUUUUUGUAGUACAUAUCACUUGUUAGUUUUGUGUUCACCUCGUUAUAAGAAACGUCACAAUAACAAACACACCCAAAAUCUGUCCCUUCAAGUUUGUUAUAUGGAGGUUUUACUGUAUUGAAAUGUAGUGCAAGCCACGAUUACUACUAAAACUUGGGGUUCACUUUCCUUGAAUAAUUGGCUAAGGUACAAGUUUAUUGAUGAUUUAAUUCACUCUAAGAACUUUAUUACACAAUUAAAAGUAAACACCAACGUGUCUUCACACUCGUUUAUUCACAACUCAUUUAUUCAUUGCCAGCAUCUCAUAUACUUAAGACCCACGCACACACGGGAGCGUUGCUCAACAAUCUCUGUCUGCAUUUUGGACUACAAUACUCAUUCGUUUUCAAAAUUAGCAGGAGAAAGAGAUACAAAGGUUGCGGGAAGAUGAAUGAAAAAAAAAAAAAGUUGAGUCAUAAAAGAGGAAUGAUUUGAAGGGGGAAGGGAGACUGAUGAAAUAAAAAGUAGUAAGUAAAGGUACACAAACAAGUGGAAAGAGAAAGUUAAGAAAAUUAAAAAAUAAUAAUAAUGCUACCACAUUCCAAAAUGAAACUCAAGAGAGAGUGGUUCACACUUCACUCCACAUAUCUGUGGCUUGCCCUGACAUUUGUUUCCAACUGCGGAGAAAAAGGCUCGUGACAUAACAAUUUACGGUUUAAGUUUAAAUAUAGUGUACAUAGAUUAAAGUGUGCAAUACUGCUUUGUGUAUAUUGCAAUAUGCUUAUAAUCAAGAUAUUUAAUUUAUGUUCCAUGCAUAGAAUAUAUUAUGUAAAUUUUUUACAACAAAGAAUAUUUUGAUGUAUGAAAAAAUUGUAAAAAAAAAAGGAUAUUAAACUGCUUAAUAAAUACACGAAAAU